GCUUUGUCUCGUGGGCUGGUUCCCGGCGGACUCCCCUCCUCCGAACAGCUGCCGCCCGAGGGAGAAAGCGGCGCGGGAGCUGUCCAAUAUCCCGGUGCUGAAACCCCGAGGCUCGUCAUUCACCACCACCAUGUAAGGGCCAUGAACAGGGCUUGUCCUGGCGCAGCGCGGACAUGGAGGAAGACUUGUUCCAGCUAAGGCAGCUGCCUGUGGUGAAAUUCCGUCGCACGGGUGAGAGCGCAAGGUCAGAGGAUGACACGGCUUCCAGAGAACAUGAGGUCCAGAUUGAAGGGGUCCGCGCAGGCCUAGAGGCCGUCGAGCUGGAUGAUGGGGCAGCUGUGCCCAAGGAGUUUGCCAAUCCCACCGAUGAUACUUUCAUGGUGGAAGAUGCGGUGGAAGCCAUUGGGUUUGGGAAAUUCCAAUGGAAGCUGUCUGUCCUCACCGGCUUGGCUUGGAUGGCGGAUGCCAUGGAGAUGAUGAUUCUGAGCAUCCUUGCUCCACAGCUGCAUUGCGAGUGGCAGCUGCCCAGCUGGCAGGUUGCCUUGCUGACCUCGGUGGUCUUUGUAGGCAUGAUGUCCAGCUCCACACUCUGGGGAAACAUCUCAGACCAGUACGGCAGGAAAACAGGGCUGAAGAUCAGCGUGCUCUGGACCCUGUACUACGGCAUCCUCAGUGCGUUCGCGCCUGUGUACAGCUGGAUCCUGGUGCUUCGGGGCCUGGUGGGCUUCGGGAUCGGAGGGAUCCCCCAGUCGGUGACGCUGUAUGCUGAGUUCCUUCCCAUGAAAGCCAGAGCAAAAUGCAUUUUGCUGAUUGAGGUCUUCUGGGCCAUUGGGACGGUGUUCGAAGUGAUCCUGGCUAUAUUCGUGAUGCCCACCCUGGGCUGGCGUUGGCUACUCAUCCUCUCGGCUGUUCCUCUCUUCCUCUUUGCCAUCCUGUGUUUUUGGCUGCCAGAGAGUGCAAGGUACGACGUACUGUCCGGGAACCAGGAAAAGGCCAUCACGACUUUGAAGAGGAUAGCAACAGAAAACGGAGCCCCCAUGCCACUGGGGAAGCUCAUCAUAUCCAGACAGGAAGACCGAGGCAAAAUAAGGGACCUGUUCACGCCGCAGUUUAGAUGGACAACUUUGUUGCUGUGGUUUAUAUGGUUUUCCAAUGCGUUUUCUUACUAUGGAUUAGUUUUACUCACCACAGAAAUUUUUCAAGCAGGAGACAUUUGCAGCAUCUCCAACCAGAAGAAGACAGUAGAGGCCAAAUGCAGCCUGGCCUGUGAGUACCUGAGUGAGGAUGAUUAUAUGGACCUGCUGUGGACCACCCUCUCUGAGUUCCCAGGUGUCCUUGUGACUCUGUGGAUUAUCGACCGCCUGGGCCGCAAGAAGACCAUGGCCCUGUGCUUCGCCAUCUUCUUCCUCUGCAGCCUCCUACUGUUUAUCUGUGUUGGAAGAAAUGUGCUCACUAUGUUACUCUUCUUCGCAAGAGCAUUUAUUUCUGGAGGCUUCCAAGCAGCCUAUGUUUACACACCUGAGGUCUACCCCACCGCGACACGGGCGCUGGGCCUGGGCUCCUGCAGUGGUAUGGCAAGAGUGGGUGCUCUCAUCACUCCGUUCAUUGCUCAGGUGAUGCUGGAAUCCUCCGUGUACCUGACGCUGGCGGUUUAUAGCGGCUGCUGCCUCCUGGCCGCCCUGGCCUCCUGCUUUCUGCCUAUCGAGACCAAAGGCCGAGGACUGCAGGAAUCCAGCCACCGGGAGUGGGGCCAGGAGAUGGUCGGCCGAGGGAUGCAUGGCACGGGCGUCCCCAGGUCGAACUCUGGCUCGCAGGAGUAG